CACCACCAACGCACCUGCUGGUUAUAGCGUAAUUGGGGCGUGCUUUGCUUUCUCUGCCUAGCUUCGACUUCCAGCUCCCGCAGUGUGACAUUGGAUGCUAUCAGAGGCGGCAGGUCCUAAGUCUCAGCAUUCUCAACACUCUCAAGUAAGUUCAGCCUCUGUGACUGUCUUCAACUGGUCAGGAAACCUACGGCUGUAGCUAUUUACGACAAUUAACCUAUGGACUAUGUAACAUGCGUGUGACCGAUACACUGAUACACUUGUGGACUUCCGACUCACAGGCUCACGACAGAUAGGGCCACGCACAGGGCAUCCAGUAUUUGAGACACUCACAUACUCAUCGAUAACAUCACAGUCACUUGUCAGGACACGGUAGAUAUGGCGCUCACCAACUCCAGUAACACGUCCUAUGAGUAUGACUUCCUCGAGUAUUGUGACGAAGAGGACAACACAACAGCCGUGGCCAACGUCACUAUGGGCUUUCCUACCUCUAUUUCCAGCAUGACUGUUAUACUUGUGACGUCAUACUCUUUAAUAUGUUUUAUCGGCCUGAUUGGAAAUGGAUUGGUGAUAUAUGUUGUUCUUCGGUUUGCUAAAAUGAAGACUGUGACAAACUUAUACAUUUUAAAUUUGGCCAUAUCUGACGCGUUCUUUCUCAUGAGUCUACCUUUCCUGGUAACAACUUCUAUUCUACAUUACUGGCCAUUUGGUGCAGCCAUGUGUAAAAUUUUCUUUGUCCUGGUGUCCAUCAACCUAUUCACAGGAAUCUUUACACUGACCGCUCUCAGCGGUGACCGAUAUCUGGCGGUCUGUCAUCCGGUGCGGUCAAGCCAGUACCGGACCACAAAUAUCGCGUUUUUUGUGUGCCUAUGUCUCUGGUCAAUAUCCUUCGUGGUGAUGUUACCCAUAAUUCUGUACUCGACGACUGUCCAACAGGACAUGGGAAAUCCGACACAUGAAACCUGCACCAUCGUCUGGCCAAAAGGACAGCUCAUACCAGCUAGCAAAGCGUUUACUUGGUACACGUUUCUGCUUGGUUUUGCGAUUCCUGUGUCCAUGAUAUCCGUUCUUUACCUAUCCGUCAUUCUCCGCUUACGUACGGUUGGGCCUGUUAUCAAAUCGAAGGAAAAGAGGAGAACACACAGGAAAGUGACCCGGAUGGUUCUUACCGUGAUCUUUGUGUACAUAAUUUGUUGGCUUCCCUACUGGGGAUUCCAAGUUCACCUCACGUUCAUGAAAAGCGGAUUCAGCUUACCAGAGUGGCGUGUUUACUUGUUUAGUUUUUUUACUGUCCUCACAAACGCAAACAGUAUGCUCAAUCCAGUACUUUACGCUUUCCUGAGCGACAACUUUCGUCGCAGUUUUGCGAAAGCAUUCAAAUGUCUGGGUCGAGCAGACAUGGAUCGUAGCAUAUAUACCAGGGAAAGUAGCGUUCCUGCGAAAAGCAAACAAUGGCGUAACGACUCGUGCAAAACACCUAAAGGAGAUAAGUACGAAAUGGCUACCAUGCUAACAAGUACUGAUAACACUCAUCAGGUGCCAAAGUCAGGCAGCAAGGGAUCUGUCAACGACGAGAGUAACUUAUACGUAGACAAGGAGAGUCAGACCCAGUGACUGGCCAGCAGAGCGAUCACGUGGUGACCUACCUUUGGCCAGAACGCGGUUCAUACAUUCAAAGGAUAGAAUACACGUGUUCGUUCAAUAUAAAAUAAUAUUAUUUCUUCUCUGGUAGAGAUUGGCGCUUUGUUAAGCGAGAAUAUCGUUUGAUGGAGUGUUGUACGUUACCAAAUAUGUAAACACGUGACUCGUCCGCCGUGAUAGGACACUAAUGGUUUAUCAUACUGUCUUUCAGUCGAUUUAGGAACAAACAUUUGAAGAUAAUUUGGACUGUAUGACUGUUUGAAAGCAACACGCUAUACGCACUCUGACGUGAAUGAAGUUCCAAUCACCUGAAACACAGUAUAACAUGUAUUUCAAUGUAAUACGUGAACCGUAAUGGGCCGAAUUUAUAUGACAAAUUGAGUACUACUUCUAUACCUAAACCUACAGUAUCUAAAUGUAUUGUGAAAUUGUACCAUACUUAUGAUAAAUGACGUGAACAUAGCUCGCCUGUCGUAUACAGUGUGUGUGAUAUAUAGUUUGUUUGUGGUAGUUGAUCUUUCGUCGUAUUUCAGACCCUAAGAAAUCGAUUGUUUGAAUCCGUCAAAACGACUGGUUGGAUCGUUCGGAUAAUUAAAUCAUCAGUGUUUACAUUUCUACAUUUGUUUUGCUUAAUGUAUCUAUUCUAUUGUUACCACCUAUAUUUAGGCAAUGUGAUAAUACAGAAGAAAUGUAUGUUCUCUAGUGUCAUCUCAACGACACAAACAACUAA